AGUUUGUAGACCACACCCUCCUCGGUGAAGCUAUAAUUCCCUUGUCCUAAAGGAACUCCGGAAUCAAGUAGAAGACAGGUUCAUGUAGUCGCAGUUCGACAUAAAAAAUGAAUCAAUCCGAAUAUAAAUCUCCAGGAAAGCAAUGUACCACCAAUUUGCAGUUGCAUUCACCCGUUGUGCAGCUCAACGUUGGUGGCCGGCUGUACAGCACAUCGCUGGGCACCCUGCGGAGGUUCCCCAGCUCGAAGCUGGCCGAGAUGUUUAACGGGCAGCCCAAGCUCAGGACGGACGCCGAGGGACGCUACUUCAUUGACCGCGAUGGGACGCACUUCAGACACGUCCUGGAGUUCCUCCGCACCCAGCGGCUGCCCACCGAGAACGUGCCGGAAGUCUACAAGGAAGCCCUCUUCUACGACAUCGAGCCCUUAGCCAAGCAGCUGGAGGACUCGCCGCAGAUAUUUGGGGAGGUGGUGGGCAGGCAGCAGUUCCUGGCCAGGGUGCCCAACUACCGGGAGAACCUGGAGGUGAUCAUCAGGAUAGCGCGGGCGGAGGCCAUGGCCGCUCGCCACUCCAGCGUCAUCGUGAGUGUCUUGAGGACGGAGGAGGACUCUGCGCGGUACAACGACGCCAUCAACAGCCUGGAUGCCGAUAAAGAAUCGGUGGUGAGGUUCGGCCCUUGGAAAGCAUCGCCUACCGCCAUGGACCUGCUGGACUGUGUCAAAAUGGACAUCGAGGCCAAAGGCUACAAGAUCAGUUACCAGCAGCACGUUGCGGACAAGGGAUUCCGUUUCAAAAGCUACGACUUCUUCUACAAAUUCAUAUUCACUUGGUGGUAGUGCCAGCUAACGGUACACUCAAUAUUAGCCUCUUGAUGAAUUCUUGGCACCUGAGUUGCUUUUGCAGAUCACCUUGUUGGUCUGGCCUUCGACAUUUUCUGUUCAGGUUAAGCCUGGAUAGUGGCUGAAAUUUAACUUGCCCCUGGACGUCCAGAUCAGCAUUUUAGCAGAAAAGGAAAAAGCAAAAACAAGACUGAGUAACAAGGAGAAAUUUGUCAACUCAUAUUUUUGCAUUUCUUUAUUGGUUCAUCAUGUGAUGUUACCAAAAAAUCAAUUUGCUUAGUCCAUGGAUUUCAACAUUUGGAUGAUUGACAGCUUACUUUUCCCUCUUCUUUGACUUAUCUCCUACUCCGAGUUCUGGACAACCUCUUCUUUUUGCAGGGAGUUGUUUUAAAGAAGUAGUUUCUAUAGAAGGGAACAAAUGACUUUUUUUCUAUUGACUGUGAUUGUUAUCUAUAUGAUUGUUGUAGAGCUAUAUUAUGUUAAUGUUCUAUGUUUAAUCAGUGACAAAUUAUUAAUUGUGAAAUGAGUGUAUAUAAACAUAAAGACUAGAUAUUUUUUUACAAGAUUCUUUUCUUUGUCCUUUGAAUAAAAUCAACAGAAACUCUUA